AUGAUAUUAUUAAGCCAAUUUAUACUGUUACAUUCAACAAUGGCCACCCAUUUGUUUAAAAGCAUUUUUGCACACUGUAACAUAUCGUUUGUCGAGAGAUCUAUGUAUUCAUUUAUAACUUCAUUAUCUUUAGAGCUCAUUAUCCACAACUGGUUAACCGUUAAUUAUACCGUAUGGAUGUUCAAUUGUCCUUCCUUGUCGAUACUGUAUUGGCUUGGAUGCAUUUUAAGCGUAGUAUCAAUUUUCCAGCUGGAUAUUUUGGAAUUACUCGGCAUUAAACAGAUCCAUCACUACAUAUGCAAAUUCAAAAAACCGAUACAGUACAAAUCGCAACCUUUGCAGCGGCUACUGAUUGGCACAAGGCAUCCAUUCCUAACUGGUCCCCUUUUGAUAUUAUGGAGUACGCGAUACAUGUAUUUGGAUCGACUGCUCUUUUCAACUGCCAUGACUUUGUACCUAUUUCACGGCUACAUGAUCGAUUUGAACGAUGUACACUAUAUCAAACUCCAAUUACUAAAGAUGCUGAAUAAUUUCAUAAAUGGGGGCUAA